UUACUAAUUAAUUUUGUAUGUAACUAAAAUAAUUUAAACCCCCCCCUCCCUCGCCCAUUCAUUCUUCUUCUUCUUCUCCUUCUUCCACUGCAAAUUUUGAAGAGUACUAAGAAUGUCGAUUGAGUUGGAUAGUAAACCCGCCGGAUUGACACGAGGCGGCACGUUGUGCGCCGGCGUGUUGGUCGCCAAGGCGGUGGACGGUGACGAUUUGAAGGACUGCAGUCCGUCGUCCUCGAUCGGGACCAACAGCGAUCUGGGCUCCGACGGUGAGGAUUUAGGCGAAAACGAGGCGCAGAGUUCGUAUAGAGGGCCUUUGGAUAUGAUGAACGCGUUGGAGGAGGUUCUGCCAAUCAGAAGAGGCAUAUCAAAUUUCUACAACGGUAAAUCGAAGUCCUUCACAAGUCUAGCAGAGGCGUCCUCUUCUUCCUCCAUUAAAGACGUUGGGAAACCGGAAAACGCCUACACCAGGAAACGGAGAAACCUACUUGCCUCCAAUCAUGUGUGGGACAAGAACCAAAAUUUAAAAAGUCAUAUGGGUGGGAUAUCAAAGAGACCACUAAGCUCCAGUCGAAGCACAUUGGCUUUUGCAGUUACCAUGAGCAGCUCGGACGGCAUCAGUAGCUCAAGUGAGGAUUCAAGUUCAAGGUCUCCUCCGCAUCUUCCACCACCGCACCCACGGAGUAGAUCAGCUAGAAAAAAUUUGUCAGCUUGGCAGUCGUUCUCCACAGCCGAUUUACAACAAUGUGCCACUUAUCAAUUGUUGACAGAACCAGCCGUACCAAACUAAUUUUGUUGUUGGGAGGCAGUGUUAAAGUUAAUACAUCUAAUGUCUCUUUAGAAGAAACACAUGAUGGACAUUGCUUCUGCUGUUCCUUCUUUUAACUGUACUCGGCAAAGAAUGUUCAAACUCACACGUUUAAAGAAUCCAUUUGUAGAGUAAUUAAUUAGCUUUUACAUUGA